UUCUAUUUUUGGCAAUGGUUUUGGCAGAAGAGCUCCUGCAGCCCACUUUUACGGGUUUAUUGAUUUGUUCUUUGAUGAUUCUCCUCUUGGUUAUUUAUCUCUCUUCAUCUGAAACCAGUUCUUUGAAAGAAGGAAAGGAACCUCCAGGUCCCAAACCGCUGCCUGUCCUGGGAAACUUGUUCCAAAUUGACCUCAAGAGACCCUACCUGAGUCUAUGUGCAAUGUCAAAACAGUACGGAUCUGUGUUCACUGUGUAUUUCGGGCCAAAGAAAGUGGUUGUCCUGGCAGGAUAUCAAACUGUCAAGCAAGCGUUAGUCAAUUAUGCAGAGGAAUUUGGAGGCAGAGAGAUCAGCCCACUUUUGUUCGACUUCACUAAAGGACACGGAAUUUCAUUUGCCAAUGGCGACUCUUGGAAAGAGAUGAGACGUUUUGCCCUCAGCACCCUUCGAGACUUUGGGAUGGGCAAAAGAAUGAGUGAGGCAAAGAUUAUAGAAGAGACUAAAUAUUUGAUUCAAGUGUUUGAAGCAUUUGAUGGUAAACCGUUUGAUACCACACAGCCACUGAAUUAUGCCAUUUCAAACAUCAUCUCAGCCAUCGUGUACGGAAGCAGGUUUGAAUACAAUGAUGCUCAGUUUACGUCUAUGGUUAACCGAGAGGAAGAGAACGUUAAACUCAGUGGCACCCCUUCCUUACAGCUCUACAAUCUGUUUCCCUGGCUUCGCUGCUUGCUAAAGAACUGGAGACUCAUCAUGAAAAAUCGAAAUGAGAAUACAAAGCAGAUAAAGGAACUUGCAGACAAUCUGCACGAGACACUGAACCUUCAGGAAAUCAGAGGUCUGGUUGACUGUUUCCUCAUGAGGAAAAAAAUUGCAGAGGAAGCUGGAGAUACGAACACUCACUACCAUGAACAGAAUCUUCUUGCCACUGUUGCCAACCUUUUUGCUGCUGGAACUGAUACUUCUAGCACAACACUGCGCUGGGGUCUUCUGCUAAUGGCCAAGUACCCACAUGUGCAGGACCGUAUCCAGGAGGAGAUUGACUGGGUUGUUGGGGGUCGACAGUUGGUAGUGGACGACAGGAAGAACUUACCUUACACAGAUGCGGUGAUCCAUGAAACUCAGAGACUGGCUAACAUACUACCCAUCAAUCUCUCUCAUAUUACCAACUGUGAUGUUAAUUUUCAGGGCUUUUUCAUCAAGAAGGGUACUACUGUGAUUCCACUCCUGGCGUCUGUACUGAAGGAUGAGCGUGAGUGGGAAAGCCCUCACACUUUCAACCCAGCCCACUUUCUUGACGAGCAGGGCCGAUUCGUUAAGAGAGACGCCUUCAUGCCCUUUUCUGCAGGACGCAGGGUGUGUCUGGGGGAGAGUCUUGCCAGGAUGGAGCUAUUCCUCUUCUUCACCUCAUUGCUACAACACUUCCGAUUCACACCUCCACCAGGGGUGUCUGAGGAACAACUGGACCUCACGCCAGCUGUGGGAUUUGUACUGAGCCCUUUUCCACACAAGCUGUGUGCAGUUGUUCGCAACGCAAAAUGUGCCUAGUCAAUCGGAAUCUUAAUCGUAGAGUAGUGCAGUUUAUUAUUCUUAACUAAGAGAUUGUUUCUUCUGACAUUAAGAAUAAGCAGCAGUCUUUACUAAAUACAUUUACCACUGAUAAAAUGGACUUUAUAGGUGAAUUUACCUGCUGAUCGAAUUUGAAUUGCAGGAGUUCUAAAAAAAACUAAGCAUCUUAAUAUGAAUGUUUCUUCCUUUAGUGCAACUGUAAGAAAUUCUGUUUUAAUUAUAUAAUUAAUACUAAUAGAAUUAUUCUAAUUGCUAAGAUUAGACUGGUUUGAGACCUGUACAGUUAUCUAGUCAUUGCCACUUUUAAAAAGUAUGUUGUUACAUACAUAAUGUAAUAAUUCUGAUAUCAAUUUAAAUAAUAAUAAAUAUGAAUGAUUGUUUAAAAGA